UGGUAGUCCAAUGCGGCUGAAGCCGAAAGUCAGAUCUGCUUUACGCUCCAGUCUGAACAGUGUGUCAGCCGCCGCGGAAAAUACGCUCGGAUUGUAAAUACUGGUCAGUCCAGAAAACUCGGAUCGCUGAGAGUUUGCACCUGGGAACCCAACCGAGAGUACGGUAGCAGACAUCUGCAGUCUGCAUCCACUGACCACCGAGAUGAAAGGGGAGAUUCCUUCUCCACUUCUGCGGUCUCUCCAGGGACCUGGUUCCUCGACUCUCUCGCUGCCUGUGUGAGAUCGUAUUUUGGCGGGGAAGGGGUGGCGGGAUUUCCUGGUAUCCAUGCUCGCGUUUCUGUGGAUUGUAUGUGAUGUGAUAUGACGGGCGCAGUCGAUGCAAGGACAGGGGAGAAGCGGAGAUCUUUCGCACAUUAACACCGAGAUUAGCGCACAGUGGAUGAACGGCGCUGCUCUGCGAGAUCUUUCAUACCCGUGCCGAGCUGGUUCCUUCCUUUGAACUGCUGCCAAAAAUCCUUCUGAAGGAAACGAGGAAGGCAAAUGCACGUAUUAAUCUAUCUAUAUGUGUCUAUAUAUGCAUAUAGUAAGAGAGGGGGCGCCCAUCGCCAUUGAUAGACGCUAUCGGGACCCCUGAAGAAAAGGAAGAAGCGAGAGGAAUGCACUGAACUCGGCUCGGCUCAGCUCAGUCCCUGGACCACAAGGCAGCGGUACCUCGCGACGUUCUGCGAGAGCCCAUCUCGGGUAGAAAGAGCAAGCGAGAGGCACCUCCAAUGCCAGCCUUCUGAUCCCUAGUCGCUACCGGUCGAGCUGUGCGUGUUUUUCCCCCCUACAGGAUGGAUCCUGCGCUCAGGACCUACCGAUCUGGACUAUUCGUCUGGGUUUUCUGGUGCUCCCUAGGCCGGCUUGGGAUGCUGAUUUUGCCGUGGGGCUGGUGUUCCCACUCGGCUCUAGCACUCAAGAACACGGGUACCAGGCUGGGAGCCUCCUCUGAACUGCCCAUCAUGGGGCUGAUGCCCUUUAACAAGACGCUGGCGGCGGAGAGCAUCUCAGAGGGCAUCUUACCUGCCGUUCAACUGGCCACAGAACACGUCCACAGCAAAUUCUUACCAAACACCAGCAAACUGGUCUUGGAGUGGUACGACUCCGAGUGUGAUAACGCUAAAGGGCUCAAAGCCUUCUUUGAUGGCAUCAAAUUUGGACCUAAGCACUUGAUGAUCUUUGGUGGAGUGUGCCCUUCUAUUACGUCCAUCAUUGCUGAAUCAUUGAAAGAAUGGAAUCUGGUACAGCUUUCCUUUGCUGCAACUACACCAGUCCUAGCUGAUAAAAAGAAGUACCCCUAUUUCUUCCGAACAGUUCCAUCAGAUAAUGCAGUCAAUCCUGCAGUCGUCAAGUUCCUCAAACAUUUUCAUUGGCGUAGGGUAGGAACCUUGACCCAGGAUGUACAACGUUUCUCUGAGGUGAGGAAUGAUUUAACCAGUGAACUGGAGAAAGCAGAUAUUCAAAUUGCAGACACUGAGAGCUUCUCUAAUGAUCCUUGUAUGAGUGUCAGAAAGCUCAGGGAUAACGAUGUGCGAAUUAUUCUCGGCCAGUUUGAUGAAAAGACGGCAGCGAAGGUGUUUUGCUGUGCCUUUAAUGAAAAUAUGUUUGGAAUUAAAUACCAAUGGAUAAUUCCAGGCUGGUACCAGACAAACUGGUGGAAAAUAGCUUCAUCAAUUAACUGUACUGUGAAAAAUCUGCUCGCUGCCAUGGAAGGAUAUGUAUCAGUAGACUUUGAGCCACUAAGUACAAAAGCUAUCAAGACAAUAUCUGGGCAGACACCUCAACAAUAUGAGCAAGACUAUAACAAAAUGAGAGGCGGUGCUGAAUAUAGUAAAUUUCAUGGAUUUGCAUAUGAUGGAAUCUGGGUAAUUGCCACAACAUUACAACGAGUGAUCGAUUCUUCCGAAAGCCUGGGUCAUCCACAAGCCAUCCCAAACUAUCCUAGCAAGAACCUUAGCCAAAUCUUUCUGGAUUCCAUGAAUGAAACAAACUUCUUUGGAGUAACUGGCCAAGUUGUGUUUAGAAAUGGAGAGCGGAUGGGAACCAUCAAAUUCUCACAGUUUCAAGAUGAAGUGGAAGUUAAAGUUGGAGAAUAUAAUGCUGUAGCAGACUCCCUGGAGCUUAUUAAUGACACUCUGAGAUUUCAAGGUCGGCCAAAGCAAGUUAACCAAAAUAACAAGAGGAUACCACAUCAUCUUAAACUGAAGCUUCUGUUCCUGCUUUCAGGUGUUGAACCUCCGAAGGAUAGGACCAUCAUCCAGCCACAACUGCGCAAGAUUUCCUUGCCACUCUACUGCAUUCUUUCUGCUCUAACCAUCGUGGGAAUGUUCAUGUCCAGUGCUUUCCUCUUCUUCAAUAUCAAAAAUCGAAAUCAAAAGUUGAUAAAGAUGUCCAGCCCCUAUAUGAACAACCUUAUUAUUCUAGGGGGAAUGCUGUCUUAUGCAUCCAUCUUCCUCUUUGGCCUUGAUGGAUCGUUUGUUAAGCCCAACACAUUUGAGACUCUAUGUACAGUUCGAACUUGGAUUCUUACAGUUGGCUACACAACUGCAUUUGGAGCUAUGUUUGCAAAAACAUGGAGAGUUCACGCUAUAUUCAAGAAUGUAAAGAUGAAGAAAAAAAUCAUCAAGGACCAGAAGCUGCUCAUCAUUGUCGGUGGGAUGCUUCUCAUCGAUCUCUGCAUCCUUAUUUGCUGGCAGGUUGUAGAUCCCCUGAAGCGGACUGUAGAAGACUAUCCUUUAGAGCUGGACCCUGCUGGGAGAGAUUUUUCAAUUCGACCAUUACUAGAGCACUGUGAAAAUGCCAACAUGAGUAUCUGGCUGGGCAUUGUAUAUGCAUAUAAAGGGCUUCUUAUGUUGUUUGGAUGUUUUCUUGCUUGGGAAACUCGGAAUGUGAGCAUCCCUGCCCUAAAUGACAGCAAGUACAUUGGUAUGAGUGUGUAUAAUGUGGGAAUCAUGUGCAUUAUAGGAGCUGCUGUUUCCUUUCUAACUCGAGACCAGCCAAAUGUCCAGUUCUGUAUUGUUGCUCUGGUCAUCAUUUUCUGCAGCACCAUCACUCUGUGCCUGGUGUUUGUGCCAAAGCUGAUUACAUUAAAAACAAACCCAGAUGCAGCCACGCAAAACAGGCGAUUUCAAUUCACCCAAAAUCAGAAGAAAGAAGAUUCAAAAACAUCCACUUCUGUAACAAGUGUAAACCAGGCAAAUACAUCUCGACUUGAGGGAUUUCAGACUGAUAACCAUCGUCUGCGAAUGAAAAUCACAGAGCUUGACAAGGAGCUUGAGGAGGUUACCAUGCAGCUACAGGACACGCCUGAAAAGGCACAGUACGUUAAACAAAACCACAUUCAGGAGCUCAAUAACAUCCUGAGCAUGCGGAAUUUCACAGAUGGAAAAGAUAGUGACAAGCCUCUAAUGAAAAACCAACAUGAUUCGCGAGCACAGGUUCCUUGGGGAACCACAUUGGAGUCUUCAAGAACAAACAAAGAUGUCAUAGAAGAUAUCAAUUCUCCAGAACAUAUACAGCGUAGACUGUCUUUGCAGCUACCCAUCCUUCAUCAUGCCUACUUGCCAUCAAUAGGUGGAGUUGACGCUAGUUGUGCCAGUCCAUGUGUGAGUCCCAGUGCCAGCCCUCGGCACAGACAUGUGCAGCCAUCAUUUCGAGUCAUGGUUUCCGGCCUGUAGAGAGGCUUUGUAGCCCGAACUGAUGAGUACUCAGCAUCUGGAUUGCGUACUCCACCUAGUUCUCUGCUACGUACACAACGCACACUCCCCUUUCCACAGAGGAAUGAGCAUUUGAAACAGACACUGCUGGGCUCCUGAGCAAGGUUGUGUGGUCAUGGGGAGAUGUCCAGAAUCUGACCUGUAGCCUUAUCUGUGAAGUUUUUGUUUCUGCAUAAACUGGAUGUGCUUUCCUUCCCAGAAAGAGUGACAGGUUUUCUUAAGGAUGCAGGGAGUGAAAUUUUAUCAAAACUGAACAGUUGUUUUAUAAAUGCCACAAUCGUGAAGGGAGAAUAAUGAGCUGCUAUGCAAAAUUUGAUAUACACUAAUGGUUCACACUUCAAACAAAAUUCAACUAUUAAAUUGAAAAAUUUAUUUGUAGCAUAAAAUAAGUACCACUACUUCUGCACACAAAUGCACAAAAGAAGCAACCUGUACUAGACCCCUAAAUAAAUUUUGCUAUGGAGAAUGAAGCUUUAUAAUCAAUAUGUCUGAUAUAGGAAUAUGUUUCUAGCAGAGAAACAUACAACUGAUUUUGGAAGACACAUUCAGAGGGAUUUUGAACAUGGUAAGUGAACAGUGUAGAAUUUAUCUUUUUACUAAUUUGAUAGUGAGAUUUGUGAGCUAAAAUGUUACUUCCCAAAUAUUUAAGUCUGAUGAAAAAUCUGUUAUCUCUUGCUUGCUAAUUACUGAUUCUGGUUUUUGGUGCUCGUAUUUUUCAGUACUACAGACUGAAACUGGUGCGCGUUUACUAAAUUAGAAACUGAUGAACAUGAAUGCAGUCGAUUUCUGAAUGAACAAAAUAAAUAGCCAGUGAUUAGCUUCCUUACUCUUUGAAAGCAAGAGAUAAUCAGUUUUGAUGUGUACAUACUUAUUAUAUCCUUGGGCAAAGCGUUGCAUAUCACUGGUUGAAGGGCUUUCACAUGUGAAUAAAUUGCCUCCAUUAUUUCCCCUUAACUGAUAUCAACAGCAAAGAUACUUCUGUAUAUCAUGUCACCUGACAAGCGAUUAUUGUGCUGUUGUGACAAGGUGCACUUUUCAGCAGUGCAAAAGGAUAUGAAACAAAACCUACUUUGAAAUUGAACUUGAGGCCAAGGGUAUAAUAAGACAAAAAUGUUUGAGUGCAAAGUGAGCUGGUGUAUAACUCUGGACCUUUCUUUGUGGUCAGCUGGCUAAUUUGUAUAUGUGAGAACGAUCAUCGUGUUUAAAAACUCUCCAAUUCAAAUAACAGAAUUCCAUAUAAGAAGCUGAUAUGCGGAGUAUAUUCUCUCCACGUUGUAGGGAAACUGCAUCUGCCUACACCUACAGAGUUUAAGAGCAGAAAAGAAAUAGCAAUGGCUUAGAGAUCUCCAAACGUGUAUCGGGGUAGUGCUGGUCUUCUGCUGGAUAAAGCUGAGUAUUGGUAAGCUUUGUUGCUUGUCAGCUAUGGACUAUCUACUUACAGGGUUAUCCAGCAGCAAGCUCGAAGAAUCCCUACCCCUCUGAGAGCCAAUGGAGCUGAUGAACAAUUUACAGCAUUUUACAGUACUGUGGGCUACUAGCCCAGGUGUGCUCGGAGUAUGUUUUAAACGAUUGACUCUUAGCUAUACGUACAUUAACCUGGAGCCAAAAUAAAUCCGAUUAAAGUGCUUCCCGUGCUCUACAUGAAGAAUAGUUCCUAGUUGGGCUGAGUGAGGUUUUGAGCCACUGCUCACAGACUACUCCCAACAGAGUGAAGGGUCUAAAGAGGAGAUCUGUAUUCCUCAACAGCUACCAUUGCAGUUAAUAGAUGUAUGUCAUAACUUAGAUUCUGAUCAUGUCCAAAAGCCCCACUGAAGCUUAGGUAUGCACUGUCCCAAGCCAGAUUUGUAUUCUGUCAAGGUUGCACAAUUCCAUGUUCAUCAAUGUCAAAGGAGCAUGCUUAGUGCACUGAUAAACACGUCCUAAUAAGCUUUUAGUUAACAUUGUGAAGAAAUGCUGUUUUCUGGUAUUCUGAAUGGUAAUACUGGCUAUUAACGUAUUUCCCUGCCUCCUUAAUUCAACUAAUAACCAGGUUUAUUUUUGAAGACAGUUCAUCAUAUGGAGGGAGGACUGAAUACUGUAUAUAAUGUAUACACAAGUUCUCUAUAGAAAUAUUAUUCUUAAUAUAGCAGGAAACAAACUAAAGUAUUGGGCUGUUGGAGGUGAGCGUGUAUAUCUGUGACUGUCUGUGAAUACUGACUGUGUGCAAUUUAUUAGGUUUAAACCAUGCAGUACAUUUCCGUCUUAAUAAUUAUGUAGAUUUUUCCCAUAAGGAAACAUUUUUAAUUUCCUGCUAAUAUCAAAGACCCACAAAGUAAUAUAGUUAUUUAAUGUUUCUGUUCUUUUAUACAGCAGCAAAAAAGGGUAGAUUUAUGGAAAGGUGGUGCCUCUGGUGGCAUUCUCCAAAUCAUAUUAGUGCACAAAUGCUUUAAGUAAGAACUGCCAGGGCAACCUGGAAAUGGAUAGAAGGUUUCUUGUACCCUUAUACUGCAUGAAUAAAUUUUUAAUAAAAUGUUGCAAAUCUGUUUUUAUGAAUAAAACACAAAA